GGGAGGUUCAAACUGCUACCUCUCUGUUUUGUGUUUCCUUUCCGUCGUCCGGCUCGCCGCUGCUGCCUCAGCCGCCGGGACUUGAACGGAAGUCUCAGUCGAAACACUUCUUGCGCAGAUGAGAUUAUUUUCUUUCAUCAAGAAGUAUCACUCAAUAGUUACUAGCUGACGGAAGUAACCCCGGAGAAGCAGUCGCGAACGAUACGGUUUCUGCCAUUUGAACAAAACAGAGGUCGGUCAGAGGCCUUGGCUGCUCUCCCCUCGAUGUGGAAAACAACUUCCCAACCCAGAACUGCCGCGUUAUGUUCUUAACAGUGGAGUGAAGCCGUAGGGGUUACUCAAAGCAUUUAAGGAAGAUCAUUUUAGAUAACCGAGGUCUGUGCCGAAGUGUGGCAGAGCCGGGCGUAGAAAUGGCAGCGGAAGUACGAAUGGUGCUCUAUGAGGACGACUCAGUGCACGUGCAGUAUGCGGACGGCUCCACACUGCAGCUCUCUCCUUGUGGCUCGGAGUUUCUGUUUGAAAAGGCGCCUGCUCUUUCUACACACCCUUUAGAACAGCCAGAGCGGAUUCGUCAGCGGACACACUUUGUCAUUAGCACCUACCGAGAGCAGCUACAGCGAGCCCUGGAUUUUCGAAACUCUUCGGCUACACGCCCCUUUUUAUCUGAAAGCCUCAUACCUCCUGAGAGAAAGAAGCAUAUCUUCAUUGAUUUCUUUGAAGUAAAAUGGCCCAGUCUUGCUGGAGACGACAGCAUCACAUAUUCAGAGAGUGGCGCUGUAAAGAUAACGUCACUGGAUGGACGUGCAUACCUUUGCCUGCCCAGAUCUCAGCAUGAAUUUACAGUCCAUUUUUUGUGUAAAGUGAGCCAGAAGCCGGACUCAUCUGUAGUACUCCCUGAGACAAAUAAUCAGGUCCCAAAAGAUAAACUAGUUGAAAAGACCAGAAAAUUCUGCACGUGUGGAAGUUUAUCAGGACAAAGAUUAAAGAAUAAAGAAAAUGAACUUCAUCACCAAGUCUUGAAAUCUAAAGCAGCUUCAGCAAGCAUAUGUUGUGUGAAUGGAACUGAGGAGAAGGAGGAGCUGCUGUCCCCGAGUACAAGGCACAGAUGUGUGUACGCGUGGAUGAAGCAGUGUUGGUCUGUUGCCUCCUGUCCGGAGCAGUGGAAAUAUCCUCUGUCUUUAGCGCUUCGUUUUCAUAACAAAGUUAGCGUAGCGUCUGAAACUGGUGCAGAUUUCCCUUCAAAUGGAAGCAUAACUUGUGACGCUGCAGAAGAAAGUGGAAAAGAGGUUUCUGUCCUUCCCAGAGCCCUGCUCCUCAGCUGCCCUGCCCCACACAUGCACAGGAACCCUGUUUACAAGAGUCACUAUAAUCCUUUCAUAGAGGAACCUAAGAUCCAGAAAUGGUGGAACUUCUGUGACUCACUUUUGCAGAGACAGUCUGACGGAGAAGACUAUUCCUAUCCUGAGCUCGUGAAGGUGGUGUGGUGCAAGGGUGUGACGUACAGGCUUACCCAUAAAAAUGUAAACUCAAUAGAGAUUUAUCCUGGAGAUGGAUCAGUUUUCAAAUCAGAAGGGCCUUAUUUUGGUAACUAUUUUACAUAUUACUCAAGUCAAGAAGAAUCAGAAAAGAGAGAAGAAAAAACUUAUUUCAUAAAUAACCUUCCUCCAGACAGACCAGGAAGUCUCUUCUCUGUACGUUCUCUGAUUAAACAGGCAACCAGAAUUCUUCAACACUGUGCCAAGACGAGGCUUUCACUAAGCCACAACUAUCAUGUCUGCUGCUGGAAAAUGGUAGCUGAAGUAAAUGCUGACAAUCCCCUGCCCGUGCUUCUGAAGGAGUCUCUCGUACCCAGUGUGGGGAGAUUUCUUGCCUACUCUGAUGACAAAGUUCACGCUGUCUUUUUAGAUGGCGUCACUCUAACACUGAAUUGGAAUUUCAGCUCCUGUGCUGAAAACAGAGAAGUAAGUCAAGGUCUGACCUUGGGUUGGUGCAGAUUAACUUUUCCUGAUGGGCAGGAUCAGCUAAUUCAAGCUGAGCAUCCUGGAGCAUAUGAAAGCUACCUGACACCAGUAACAUCAUGGUGCCGAAGACUCACCCAGACUAGUAUAAGACAGGCGCCCAAACAGCUGUCACCUGUUCUCAGAGAAAACUGGUCUGUUGCUUCUGAGCUUGAGAAAAUACAGAAAUUUAACUUGCUCCUGGAAAGCAGUGGUAUCCUCCAUUUUUCUGGCAAGAAAAAUGAACAGUGUUCUGAUGCCCGUAUGUCAGGAUCUUCAGAAACCCUGCUAGAAGCAACUAAUAAAGAGAGUGUAUCGGUAGCAUUGAAAAGAACUUCUGAAAUCCUUCAGGAUAUUGACUAUCUCCUAUCAAACUCUAGAAAGUGAAAAAUGGAAUUAUUACAACAGUAAAUCUUAAGGUUGCUUCAUAUUAUUGGUAUGAAAUUGCUCGUAACCCAAGGAAUUGCAAAUGCUACUUCUGUAGAAUGUGCAGAACUCAUUUAACUUUGAUUGUAUUUUACCUAACUUGUAAAUUUUAGUGUGUGUAUGUAUUUAUAUAUAUGUGCAUUUUUAAAAUAAAGAACUAUUUUGAACUUUU